AUGGGCGGUGAAAGACGCGUGGGUGACAUCACACGGAUAUUUAUAUAUCCAUUUGGUCGAGUAAUAGUGGGAGAUGGAUUCGUCAAACCUGAAAAGAUACCCGAACUAACCGACGCCCAGCUUGCUGCCUGUGAACUGACUGGACUCAUUUCCGCUGAUGACAGUUGCUGCCACUUUAUCAAGUGUGAUUUGAACCAAAAGGUUGGCUGGCAGUUCCCAUGUCUCGGAAAAACUGUAUGGAAUCCAAUUUUGUGUUCAUGCGUUCCUGAAAAAACGUUCCGUGAAUGUAAUAGAACAGCCUGUCCACCAUCCCCCACUCCCGGAACUAUCGCUCCAUGCUCAACCGAACUUGGAACAGAGGAAUGUUGUCUGGAGGGAACUGGUCAAGUAUUCUCAAGAUUCCCAGGAAACUCAAGUAGAUACUUUUUCGGUACUGAGCCAGAGUUCCAGGUUUGCCCACCUGGACAGGAAUUCUUUUUGGAGUCUUGUUGCUGUGAAGGAAAUAUUGAAGGGGCACCUAAACCAUGUAUUGAAUACGAGUACGAUACAGGUUUCGUUGAUAUCAGACAAAAUGUACACGGUGCUCCAUCAGGUGUAUCCAUAAGCAGACCUGGUCUUUUCGGUGAUGGCGCAGCCAAAUUUGGAUCUGGCAAUGAGCUGGAGAUUCCCUACUUCAGCAAUGCAUACAUGGGCAUUCGAUUUGCUGCUGCUACGUAUUUUAAUGCUGCCAGUUUCAGCGAGGACAGUGAUGGCCUCUUGUUACACAAUGGUGAAGAAGGAGGCGCAAAAGCUACAGUAAAGAUCGAGAUCAUGACUUGCAAUGGCAAUCAAUAUCUCGUAGCUGGUGUAGAUGCUUGUGAUAGAACAGAAGAUGUUGUUCUCCAGUUGAAUAUUAACCCAGACACUUGGUACAGAGCAUUCUUUACCUUCAACGAAGGAGAGAUGACAAUAGGAUAUGGUGGUGAGGACGGCAGUGUCAUUGAUUCCGUGAGCAGGUUUGAACCAGAUCCUUUGCCAACUGACGAAAUUGUGCGUUUCAUGGACUGUACAAACGAAGGAGCUCGACGAAGUCUUUCGAGGGCUAAUGAUGCAGUAUCUGAAAUUCCACAACCCGUCGACACAGAGAGAAGAGCUAAACUUUCACAAGCUCAAGAUUGUCUGAACCAAAUUAAUGGUUUCGUUGAUGCACUUGGAGAUUUCACAAACGACCCAGAGGGUUCAAUUGGAUUGACUGAUCUUAGAAAAACUACUAAAGAACUGAAACCACUUGUUCGACGGUGUAAGAAGGGUAAAUCUAUCAGCACAGAAGAUUUGGAUAGCUUGGUUGAUGUAUUCAGUCAAACAGUCCAAAGAGUCAACAUGGUGAUAAACGAUGUGAAAGGUGGUCUCGUUAAAUUGUGCGAACUGAAGGAAGAUAAACCUUUGUGGAGAGAUAUCUUAGGAGAUAAACAGAGAAAGGAACUGAAUGUACUCAAGAGAAAACUGAGAAGAGCUGCAGACGCUAUCGACAAGGAGAAUCCAGGACAUACCGGUGGCAACAAUGAAGGAAAAUACGACAUCUUGUUGGAGGAGGCACAGGACUGCCAGUCUAAGCUGGGUAGAAGAAAGAAGAGAGAUGUGGAAGAAGGAAUACCAUCAAUUAAAAGUAGCAAACACCCUAUUAUGAUUGGACAAGGAUUCGUUGGACAGUUGGACCACACCCAAUUUUGCUUCGAUGGAGUACUUAGCGACCUUGUAGUACCAGAAUCAGACGAAACGACACCAUAAUAAUCGUCCUUUCAGCAUAUGCAUUUUUAGAUGUAUGAGAAAAUAAAAUAUAUUGUAACAAAUAA